UCAGAUAUGAGGUAAAAAAGCUAAUUAAGCUCUUAUGGUACCAGAGAGAAACUGUUGCUUAAGAAUCACGAUGAUGAACACUUAUGUUAUGGGAUUGUUGUUGUUUUUCAUGGUUUACUAUGUUGCUGGAACAACAGCAGCCUAGAUAAUUAACUGUCCAGAAGAUAUAUCAUGUGGAAAUCAAGUUAUAAAAUUCCCUUUCCAAAACAAAAACCAAAAUCCAAUUUCACCUAUGUGUGGUGGCUAUCCAGGAUUUAAGUUAAUUUGUUCAUCAAACCAAACUAUGAUUGAACUUCCUCACAAAGUGAAACUUAAUGUCGAAAACAUUGACUACACACAACAAACUAUUCAACUAUCCGAUCCACAAAGUUGUCUUUAUAAACAUAUCCACAACCUCAAUCUUUCAAAAUCUCAUUUCAAGUACUUUGAUGAACUUGUUGAGUAUUACUUUUUGAAUUGUUCACUCUCAGUUAGACAUGAGAUGGACUCGUAUUUUGUUCGAUGUCUAAGUACCUCAACCUCGCAAGUUUAUGCUAUCCCUUCUUAUGAACGAAUCAGAUAUCUUCCCCUUUACUCUUGCACCAAAAUGUUUAAUGUUUCAUUAAACCCUUCUUAUACUUAUUAUGAUUAUGUUCCAAACAUAAACUCUCUUCGUUUGAAGUGGCUUGAGCCUAAUUGCAAAGACUGUGAAUCAUAUUUAUAUUUCGCCAACAAAGUACAUUGUUUCGCCAAAAACAAACAAGGUAAUAAUUUACCUUAUACUGUCAAAUUCAUAAACGCUGGGUCAAUUCUAGGUUCGUUGUUUUUUAUCUUAUUAGUUAGUGCAGUUUAUCAUAUUUAUGACUCAUAUGUACUAAAAAAAGCAAAACAAGCAAUUAUAGAAAAGUUUUUAGAAGACUAUAAAGCUCUUAAGCCUACGAGAUACUCUUAUGUAGAAAUUAAGAGAAUCACAAAUAACUUUGGAGACAAGUUAGGAGAAGGAGCGUAUGGAAAUGUAUAUAAAGGAUGCAUUUCAAAAGAAUUCAGUAUUGCCGUGAAGAUACUCAGUGUUUCUGAAGGAAAUGGGCAAGAUUUUCUCAACGAAGUUGGUACAAUAGGUAGAAUCCACCAUGUUAAUAUUGUUCGAUUGAUCGGUUUUUGUGCUGAUGGCUUUAAAAGAGCUUUGAUUUAUGAAUUUUUACCAAAUGGUUCGCUGCAGAAGUUCAUAAAUUCACCAGAAAACAAGAAAAUCUUCCUUGGAUGGAAAAAGUUACACGAAAUUGCUUUAGGAAUGGCUAAAGGAAUUGAAUAUCUUCAUCAAGGUUGUGAUCAACGCAUCCUCCAUUUCGAUAUCAAACUGCAAAAUGUGUUACUUGACCAUAAUUUUAUUCCAAAAAUAUCUGACUUUGGUUUAGCUAAAUUAUGUUCAAGGGAUCGGAGCAUGGUGUCAAUGACUACAGCUAGAGGAACUUUGGGAUACAUUGCUCCCGAAGUUUUUUCAAGGAACUUUGGAAACGUGUCUUAUAAAUCAGAUGUUUAUAGUUACGGAAUGAUGUUGCUUGAAACAAUAGGAGGGAGGAAAAUCACAGAGGACUCGGAGGAAAACUCUAGUCAUGUUUACUAUCCGGAAUGGAUUUAUAAUCUUAUAGAUGAUCAAGAGGAAAUGAGAAUUCAUGUUGAUAAUGAAGGGGAUGAAGAAAUUGCAAGAAAAAUGGGCAUUGUGGGACUUUGGUGCACUCAGUGGCAUGCUAUGCAUAGACCAUAAAUGCAAAUGGUGGUUCAGAUGUUGGAGGGAGAUGUAGACAAAACUCCAAUACCUCCCAAUCCUUUUGCUUCUCAAUCUAGACAACCUAGGAGAAAUGGUGGGACUGCAACUACUAGGCAACUAACCCAAGAUUUAGAUGUAAUUCAAGAGUUAGAGGACUUGCCAUUGCUAAAUCCGUGUUAAUACAACAUUAGGCAAAUGUUAAGGUGGAUGACCUUCUCAUUCAUAGUUUAUGAUAGUUUUGCAUCAGUAUAUU